CUCCUCCUGGCGGCACUGGAGCUGCUAGUGUUGCUGUGGGCGCGGGGGGCCCGGGGCCAGGACGACCCCCAGGGUGGGGCGAUCCUGGGCAUGAGGCUGGCGAGCUGCAACAAAUCGUGUGGGAUGAACCCCGAUGGCAUCAUCUACGUGUCCGAGGGCAGCACGGUGAACUUAAGGCUGUACGGUCAGAGGCUGGGCGCGUUCUCCAGCAACCUGAUCUCCUUCACCGAGGUGGACAACUACGAGAGCACCCACAGCUCCUCCAGUUGCCCCGAGCUCACGAAGGACCUGGUCGUCCAGCAUCUGGUGAAUGUGAGCCGCGGGAACACGUCCGGGAUGCUGGUGGUGCUUACCAAGUUCCUCCGGAGGAGCGAGAACAUGAAGCUGUAUGCUCUGUGCACCCGGGCCGGGUUGGACAGGCCUUGGCGGAGGUGGACAGACAAGGACUCUCUGCUCUUCAUGGUGGAGGAGGCUAGGAAGUUCCUGCCCCUCUGGCUGCACAUCCUCCUCAUUAUGGUGCUGCUGGUGCUGUCGGGCAUAUUUUCGGGUCUCAACCUGGGCCUCAUGGCCCUGGACCCCAUGGAGCUGCGAAUUGUGCAGAACUGUGGCACUGAGACGGAGAGGCGCUAUGCCCGCAAAAUUGAGCCCAUCCGGCGCAAGGGCAACUACCUGCUCUGCUCGCUGCUCUUGGGAAACGUGCUGGUCAACACCUCCCUCACUAUCCUUCUGGACAACCUCAUUGGGUCUGGACUUAUGGCAGUGGCCUCCUCCACCAUUUGCAUUGUCAUCUUUGGGGAGAUCGUACCUCAGGCCCUGUGCUCCCGACAUGGGCUGGCUGUGGGAGCCAACACUAUCGUUCUUACCAAAUUCUUCAUGCUCCUUACCUUCCCCCUCAGUUUCCCCAUCAGCAAGCUCCUGGACGUUGUUCUGGGCCAGGAGAUUCGCACUGUUUACAAUCGGGAGAAGCUGAUGGAAAUGUUGAAGGUGACAGAGCCCUAUAAUGACCUCGUGAAAGAGGAGUUAAAUAUGAUCCAGGGUGCCCUGGAACUACGGACCAAAACGGUGGAGGACAUCAUGACCCAGCUCCACGACUGCUUCAUGAUCCGCAAUGAUGCCAUCCUGGACUUCAACACCAUGUCAGAGAUUAUGGAAAGCGGCUAUACCCGCAUCCCUGUGUUUGAAGAUGAGCAGUCCAAUAUCGUAGAUAUUCUCUAUGUCAAAGACUUGGCCUUUGUGGAUCCUGAUGACUGCACCCCACUCAAGACCAUUACCCGCUUCUACAACCACCCAGUGCACUUUGUCUUCCAUGACACCAAGUUGGAUGCCAUGCUGGAAGAGUUCAAGAAGGGGAAGUCGCACCUGGCCAUCGUGCAGAAGGUGAACAAUGAAGGCGAAGGGGACCCCUUCUACGAGGUGCUGGGCCUGGUCACCCUGGAGGACGUCAUCGAGGAGAUCAUCAAGUCCGAGAUCCUGGACGAGUCGGAUAUGUACACUGACAACCGAAGCCGCAAACGGGUGUCAGAAAAGAAUAAACGUGACUUCUCAGCUUUCAAGGAUGCCGACAACGAACUCAAGGUGAAAAUUUCACCUCAGCUGCUUCUGGCUGCACAUCGCUUCCUGGCCACAGAGGUGCCCCAGUUCAGCCCCUCUCUGAUAUCAGAGAAAAUCCUGCUUCGGCUGCUUAAGUACCCAGAUGUCAUUCAGGAACUCAAGUUUGAUGAGCACAACAAAUAUUAUGUUCACCAUUAUCUGUACACCCGAAAUAAACCGGCUGACUACUUCAUCCUCAUCCUGCAGGGGAAGGUAGAGGUGGAGGCCGGGAAGGAAAACAUGAAGUUUGAGACAGGUGCCUUCUCCUACUAUGGGACCAUGGCCUUGUCAUCAGCGCCCUCUGACCGCUCCCCGCCCCACACUACCACCCUCAGUCGCUCAGCUUCCCUCAGUUACCCAGAUCGCACGGAUAUCUUCGGCACAGCUCCCUUGGCGGGCAGCAGCAACCAGUUUGGGAGCUCCAUCGUGGGCCAGUACAUCUCGGACUUCAGUGUCCGGGCACUCAUGGACCUCCAGUACAUUAAGAUCACCCGGCAGCAGUACCAGAAUGGGCUGCUGGCCUCACGCAUGGAGAACUGCCCUCAGUUUCCUCUGGAUGGGUGCACCAUCUGCACAGACAACUUAGCCGAGAAGUCCGAGCUGCCUGUGGUGGAUGAGACCACAACUCUCCUCAACGAGCGCAACUCUUUGCUGCACAAAGCCUCCCACGAGAGUACCAUCUGACAGGAGGGCCCGGGGUCCCCCGCCAUUCCCGCGGGGGCCUCCCCAGUGGGCCCACAUGAAGAUAGGGAGCCUGUUAGGCCAGAAGGGGUACAGAUAACUUGUCUAACCGAGAAGCCAGAUGGCCCCCAGCCUGUGGGGGAGCUGGCCUCUGACAGGGACCUCUGAACAGCUCAGAGGUAGUGGCUGCCCAGCCCUGGGCUGACUGGCAGGGCGGUGGACCGGCUACCACGAGCUAGUCUGUUUUUUACUGAAAGAAUUUCUAAACUUAGGCGCAUUGCUCCUCUUUUUUAAAUAUCAUUUGGGGAAGGGAAUGGGGAUGGGAACACAGGGUUAAGGAAUUUUAUUUAGAAAAAAAAUUUUUUCCCCUAAAACUUUAAAAGGGGUAGGCUUUCUCACCCCAGGAAGCAAUAGCCAUAAUGUGCUCCUAGCCUUGACCUCUGGUUUAUGUCCCUGACUCAGGGAGCCCGUUCUUCCUCUCCCUCCUCCAGAGAAGGAGGGUUUUCUCUUGGGAGGAAGACAGUUCUUCCCAGGAAGUAAAGAACCAAAUAGCUCUCAGAAUAACGCCUGGACACCUGCACUGAAGCUGGUCUGAUGUUGCCGAGGCCAAGGGAUUCUGGGUAACUGAUCAGGGAUAUGCUACGGAGAGGAGCACAUCUACUCGUUGUCAAUCGCUGGAUCCAGAAAUUUCCUAGAACUCUGCUGAUGGGCUCUCCUGGUGAGUUGGGGCGAGGCUGAGGACUGUCUCCCCUACCCCCAUUGGUUGCCUCCUACUGCUCCUUUGGACAACUCUGCCCUUACAGUGGGGCUUCAAGUGUUAGGCAGGGUCUCAAACCUUUAUGACUGCUCGCCCCUGCUCCCUCAGCCCUGCCCUCACCUUUGCUAAAGGUUUCCCCCUUGAUGGGAGAGCAUCUAUGUUACAGGUGAUUUGUCUGGGAUGUUCCUUGUGGUUCCAGGAGGGAAUCUGCCCCUUUGCACCCUACAACAGAAGUCAUGCCACUGAUCUAUGAAGCCCUUCUUUCCAGACUCUCUACUUCCAGUUCCAAAACCCCCAUGAUUCUUGGGGACUGAGGACGAGACGACAUGUUGGAAGCCAACCCAAGCAGGUUCUUCAUGCCUUUUACUUGGUGGCUGAGGCUUACCUGACUUUGUUCACACACUUAAGGAAGCCAGGAAAGCAGAUGUCCCACCUAAAAGACACUACUGGCUGUCCCAUUUCCCCCAUGUCUUUGUAAUCCUAGUGUGAAGUGUCAUCUUGGCUUUGCCAAAGUGGCACUGGACCUAAGAGUUCCACCCUCAGAUGAAAUCCUGCCACAUCACCUUUCCUUGGGGUGAUAGGCCUUGGUGCAGAGCUCCAGGAUUCCUGCUAGUGGGAAGGCUGUGGGACCAAGCAGUGUUGGCCCUUUUGUCGGGUAGAACAGGACCUGGGGCCCAAGAUGCAGGUAAGGGAGACUGUAGGCCUCUGCCUGAAGAUUUUUUAUUCACUCCUUUCCUCAACCUGUGGAGUUCUGUCACCCCAAGCGUUCUGCUUUUUAGGUGCCUAGAGAAUCCUAACUCUUAGAUUCUUGUCUUGCACCAAGUACGCCUGUCCCUGACCAGUUGAAGUCUUCCCCAGUCACAGAAUUUAUUCCGUAAAGUCUGGAGAGAGGGUGGUGACAUCCAUGGCUUCUUAGCCAAAAGGAAAGAAGACCACGCCUUUGUCCCCUGUUGGGGGAAACCCUUAGUUUUCUCCAGGAGCAGCUUGCUUUCUGAGUCUACAAGGGAGCUCACGAAGCUGUAUUCCUGAGGGACCCGAGGGCCAGGUGGAGCAAACCGCAUUGGCCUGACCCACGUGAGUGUGUGUGAAGUACAGGGAGCAGGCGCACACUCCACAGCUACCUCUGCACACACGGUUACUACCAAUAGAUGGUCUCCCCACUUUUUUUCCUCCCCUUCUCCAUUUAUAAUCACUUCUUGCAGAGGGUCAUAAUUAUUUCCAAAUAUUACUGGUUCGAUAACUUCCUCCUCCCAGUGCAAUUUUUCACUUCCUAUUCCAACCUCUGGUUCCUGGGCUAGGCCAUACCUUGGAACUGGCCAUCCCUGCAGGUCUUCCCAUGUAAGGGAAUCUUUGCAACUGGCCUCCAAAGAGGUAGGCAAGCCACAGCCACCAUAGUAAAUAACUCAUAUUUAUUUUGCAUAAGAUUUUAAUUUGUAUAUUUUUGUGAUUUAUUUUGGCAUUGUUAUAAGUUUGACUCUCGGGGAGUUUUGUUGUUAUGACUCUUGUGUCUUUUGUCACAAAACAAUGAUAUUUGCUAAACAAUAUAUGGAAUUUAUUUUUGAUUGGUAAUAAAAAAUGAAAUAUGUAUAAAUCUUGGCGAGUCUACAAUUUGCCUGUCUGAAUUUUGUGAAUAAUUGGUAAUUGUCAUGGAGCUAGAAGUGGCUCACUGUCAUCUGUUACAGGGCAAAGGCAAGUGUUCUGGGACUGUUUGGAAGCAAAAAUGUAAUGCUUUCUCCAAAGAAUUUAAUACCAGAUAGUAAAGUAGGGAUAUGUAUUUUCUCUCACCUCCACCCUAGAAUAGCACCUACACUGAAGGCACUCUAUGUGGAAAAUUCAUGUUGAAUGCGUAAAUGAUCUUGUAGUAAGGUCCAUAUGGAUGCGGUAGGGGGAGCAUGUACAUUCUCUAACACUGACUCGGCCUAAGCAAGAUGGUCAGGGAAGACUAGCUGGAAGAAGAGCGUUUGCAGGUGAGAGAUAGGCAGGAAUUAGCAGAAAGUCACUCCUUGAGCAGCUUUGUUUGCCCUGCGCUGGACUCUUUGUAUCUUUGGGUACUGAUUUGUGUUUUUCACGAGCGAUCCAAUUCUUUUGUCCAAAGUUUUCCCAAGAAAGCUAUAGGUUGUUUUCCAAGAGAGCCUUGAGUCUGAGGACAAAAUAGUGUGAAAGAUUGAGUGCCUUACAAAAAUCCACAAGGAGUUUUUCCUGUCUAACCUUUGCAACUGGUUCUUGCUGUUAAUACUUUGUCAGACAUGACUAACUUCAAACCCGACUCGUAUUUUAUCUAGUCUUGAAGACAGAAGCGUGCACUAAGAGGACGGAAUUCUUUUUUUUCUUCAAAGGAGGCAUGCUGACCUAGUGGAAAGGCUCUGUCAUGUCACUGCUUUUGCUGGUGGCUAAAACUGCAAGUGGGGCAAGCUACUCAGUGCAUGGCAUCAUCUCCAUAAUAAAAGAUGGAAAGAAGGAGAUGUGAGUGGCCUAGUCAUGCUGCUGAGUUUGUAAUGUAGAACACCACUGCCAUUCUCUUAAGAAAUUUCCAUAGCUUUUCUUUAGGUCUUUCCCAGAGGAUUAUUCAUUUUUGUACAUUACCUUCCACACAAACACUUCACUGUGGCCACAAUGCCUAUAUUCCCCAUUUCAUGACACAGCAGAUGUGUUUCUGUAGCAGCCUUCUAAAGAUCAUUUAAAAUGACAUGUAUGUAAACAGUCAUACCAAAUGGUCCACUCAGAAAAUCUGAAAAUACGUAAAAAUAGUAAACACAAAAACCAACCUGGGCACUGGUAGAGAGGGCUUGUCACUGGUAGAGUCUAUUUUGACAUAGGUAAUAAUGUCUGACAUCUAUUAUGGGCGAGGCCCAUUCCAUACAGUCAGUGGGCCAUACUGUGUUGUAACUCUCU